AUGGAGGCAAAUGAUGAGGGUGCCAAGGAAGCGCUGGACUUACUUCGCCUCACCUCAGACAUGUGGAUAGAUGAGCGAUCGUUUGCUAUUCUGGAAACAUUGGGCGAAGGCACAUUUGGCAAAGUCUUUCGAGGAGUUGUGUUUGUCAGUGGUUGCGCUGUGGUCUGUGCAGUUAAGACCGUGAAGAACCCUACAACCGAAACAGAG